CCAACCUCGUUCAUCCAAAGCUCAAGCAGGAAAUUUUUAUUUAAAGAUAAUGAAAUCACUUGCCACUCGCACUAACGAUUUUUUAGUGAGGGAGUGUAAUUUGAACACACUGAAAAGGCGAUGGAUGUAAAUUCACUUAUUUGAUUUUCCAUUAGCACUAGCUCUCAAAACCAAGACCGAAACAGUGACAAGGCAAGUUCCAUUCCGUUGCGCCGUGUUUUGUUUCUCUCUCGUUUCAGUUCUGUAGUAGAAUCAAGUAGCAUAGAAAGAACGAAAGAAGAAGGAUUAUGGGGAUUCUGCACGACGACGUAGUGAUAAUCGGAGAGGCAGAGAAAGAAGGUAAAGCAACCGUCAUAACCGUCAAUUGCCCCGACAAGACCGGUCUAGGUUGUGAUUUGUGUCGCAUCAUUCUCUUCUUCGGUCUUAGCAUUGUCCGAGGAGACGUGUCCACCGACGGAAAAUGGUGCUACAUAGUAUUCUGGGUGGUGGGGAAGCAAAGGGCGAGGUGGAGUUUGCUGAAGAAGAGGCUAAUUGAGGCGUGCCCUUCUUGUUCUUCUGCUUCUGGAAUCUCCUAUUACCGUUCUGAAUUGCAGCCUCCUAAACCCCCUGAUGUAUUCCUUUUGAAAUUUUGUUGCCACGAUCGUAAAGGCCUUUUACAUGAUGUUACAGAGGUUCUUAGUGAGCUAGAGCUCAUCAUACACAAAGUGAAGGUGUCUACUACACCUGAUGGCAAAGUGGUGGAUCUGUUUUUCAUCACGGAUACCAGGGAACUUCUACAUACAAAGAAGAGAAGGGAUGACACAAUUGAACAGUUGUCAGCUAUUUUGGGGGAUCCCUUAAUUACCAUUGACAUUGAAUUGGUUGGCCCAGAAAUUGCUGCUUGUUCUCAAGCAUCUUCAUUCCUUCCAAGUGCCAUGACAGAAGAUAUGUUUGAUUUGGAAUUACCUGGUUCAAUACAAAGUGGAACUUCCACAUCAGAUUCUGUUUCUAUUACGAUGGACAAUUCACUGAGUCCUGCUCACACGCUUGUCCAAAUUAUAUGUCAAGAUCACAAAGGUCUUCUUUAUGACAUCAUGAGAACUCUGAAGGACUACAAUAUUCAGAUUUCUUAUGGGAGAUUCUCAACAAAACCCAGAGGAAAAUGCGAGCUUGACUUGUUCAUUAUGCAAGCAGAUGGGAAAAAGAUAGUUAACCCCAGCAAGCAGAAGUCUUUGUCAUCACGCCUUAGGAUGGAACUACUUCGUCCGCUCAGAGUAACUGUUGUAAGCAGGGGUCCUGAUACAGAGCUGCUGGUUGCAAACCCUGUGGAGUUAUCAGGCAAAGGACGACCUCUUGUUUUUUAUGAUAUUACUCAUGCUCUCAAAAUGCUUGGCCCUUGCAUAUUUUCGGCUGAAGUUGGAAGACAUGUGGUUGGAGAUCGCGAGUGGGAAGUUUAUAGAAUCUUGCUUGAUGAAGGGGAUGGUUUAUCUGUUCCAAGGAACAAGAUUGAGAAAGGAGUUUGGAAGAUGUUGAUGGGUUGGGAGUGAUCCAUGGCUGGUGGCAUUGUUCAUCUUGGAUGAACCUGUGCUCGUGUACAGAUAACAUGGUUAUCAUGUAGUUAUGAUAUGUAACUUGUAAUUAUGAAAUGUUAUAUUGUGCAGAUGGUGAUCUUUGCCACGCUAUAUUUUUGAGAGCUUUUGCAAUUUUAACCUAGUGUAGAAAGAAGGGCAGUAACAACUAGCAAGUACAGGAAAAAAAAAGGAGAAAGGCAGGCAGAUUAUUUAGAGUAUUUUAUGAACGAAAAUGAAUUAUUGUAAAAUGUUAAUAUUCAGUUCUUUCAUACUAUAUAUAAACUUUUUAUUGGUUGCAUCCUACUUGAAAAUGAAAAGCAUCAUUACAAUCU